AUGACCACUAUCGCCCACCUCGCCGCCAUGACCCCAGCCAAAGGCCAACCAUUCACACUCGAAACCCGUCCAACGCCCAAACCCGGCCCCAACGACCUCUUAAUCGCCGUCAAAUCCGUCGCCCUAAACCCCGCAGACAAUAUCAUGCGAGACCAGGGCCUGUUCAUACCCGCUGACACCUACCCAACAGUCAUCGGCUUCGACAUGUCCGGACUCGUCCUCGAAGCCGGCGCAAACGUCCCACCCUCCUUCAAACCCAAUACACGCAUCGCCGCCUACUCGGCCUCAGCCUGGAAAUCCUGCGACCCGGACUACGGCCCAUUCCAGGAAUUCUGCCUCGUUCCAUGGCAACACGCUGUCCCCCUGCCGGACGAGAGUACGAUUUCUUGGAACCAUGCAGCGACUCUACCCGUCGCUGUGCAGGUACCACUCAGUGCCUGGGAUGCGAUGGGCAUUCCACGGACGGAAAUGGGGGUUCCACAAGAGGGCGCGGGGACUAGGGAACUCCCGGGCCCCCAGACGGGACCAGCACAGACUCCCGUGCGGAAAAGCGAAGCCCUCCUAAUAUGGGGCGCAUCGUCUAGUGUCGGAACCAUGGGCGUACAAACAGCCCGGGUUCUGCGAGAUGAUCCUACUUCCUCAUUUGGGGCUGUGUAUGCUACGGCUGGGGUGGCGAAUCUGGAAUACGUGGGUCAGUUGGGUGCGGAACGAGUAUUUGAUUAUAAGGACCCGCGGGUUGUUGAUUUGAUUUUUUCAGCGGCCCAGAAGGAUGGGUUGGUUGUUCGGUUUUGUUUCCUUGCGACUGGGCUGCUGGGGGAUUGUCAGGCUGUGCUGAAGAGAUUUCGUGGAGAAGGGAUCACCAUGGCGACAUCGUCUAAGAUCGCAUCGGCGCCGCCAGUUCCUCAGGAUGCGGAGGAUGUGGAUGGGGUCGAGACGAUAUUUUUGAUGCCUUCGAUGGUGGAAGAGGAGAGGCUGGAGCAGUUUCGAUACUGGAUUGGAACAUGGUUGAGGGAAAGUUUGGCCAAGGGGUUGAUCAAGCCAAGUCCGAAGCCCAGCGUUGUUGGUAAGGGGUUAGGGGCUAUUAAUGGUGGCCUGGACAAGUUGUUCCAGGGUGUGAGUUGUACGAAAUUAGUUGUGGAGAUUGCAGAGUGA